AUCAGUGGACACUCUGUUUUGGGGUCCUUCCAGUUCCUGGUCCACGUCAAGCAGGCUUUGGGUUUGUGAUGAUCAAACGGGAAGGAAAAUAGUUUUAACAGCGACGGCACUGGGUUUAUUUUCCCUCUAGAAGAUGCCGGCUGACGUUUUGCUCUCUGGACAUUGAUACAGAAAAGACCCCAAGAUGUCUUGGUUUGUCGACCUAGCCGGCCGAGCCGAGGAUUUCCUGAACAAAGUGGACCAGGGGGCCGCCAGCGCUCUGACCAAACCAUCGAGCAACAGUUCUUCCUCAGCAUCCUUCAACCCUCUGGAGCCGGAUGUAACUCCGUACAGCUCUCCGUACGAGCCGCCUCACAGCUACACGUCCCACCAGACGCACGGCUUCGUCUCUGCUGCUGCAGAGAACAUUAAGAAAUCCAAAGCCACUGCGUUAGCAGGCACAGCUAACGUGUCCAGCACAACACUUCUGGGUUCAGCUGUUAGCAACAGUGGUGGUGGUGGUGGUGGUGGUGGUGGAGGUGGUGGUCCGGUCAAAGCCUCAUCCAACUUUGUGAGGCCCAGACGAUCUGAAGUGGACGAUGAUCUGCUCUUUGACUUCCUGAACAGCUCAGAUCCACCGCAGAGCGACAGGAAGGAGGUGAGGAGAGACACAGCUGUCCUGAUGACUGGUGAAGCAUCGUCUCAGGGUCAGGUGACUGUCCCGUCCACUCCGGCUACUCCUCCUUCUGCACGGGCUCUGUCCAGAACGUCCAGCCUCAGUUCCCUCACUGCGAGCACACACAGCACCAAGACUGAGAAUGACGUCACUCGAGACGGAAGCCAAGGUGACACACCAGACAGCACAGAUUCAGGCCUGGCAGCUGUUGCAGAUGUUCAGACGGUGGUGGAGUUGGGCCUGGCUCAGGAGGACCAGCUCAGUCAGGCGGUGUCUGGUUUGCGCUUGGAGAACCAGCUCCUGCGCAGUGAAGUGUCCUCACUCAACCAGGAGAUGGCGUCGCUCAUCCAGAGAGCCAAGGACACACAGGAGGAGCUGAACCAGACUCGAUCUCGUUCUGACAAGUGGAACACAGAGCGGAGUCGCUCGGACCAUGCCAUUAGGGAGCUGAGGGCGCAGGUUGAUGACCUCACCCAGGCUCUGUCGGCCAAAGACUCUCAGCUGGCGGUGCUCAGGGUGCGACUGGACGAGGCGGAUCAGUUACUGAAGUCCAGGAGCUCGGCCCUGGAGGAGGCUCAGAGCGAGAGGACCAGGAUCCUGCAGGACAACAGCGAGGGGAUCAGUCUGCACUCUCAAGCCCUACACACCCUGCAGGAGCGCCUCCGUGAGGCCGAGGCGACUCUGAACAGAGAGCAGGACAACUACAGACAGAUGCAGAGCGAGUUUGGGACUCGGCUGGCGAGGACGGAGGCCGAGCGACAGACUUUGGCCGAAUCGUUGAAGGGUUCAGAGCGCAGAGCGACAGAGGAGAGACAGAGAGCCGAGGAGCUCCAGCAGCAGGCCAGAAGCGCGCGAGCUGCAGCUGAUUAUGCCAAGCAGGAGCUGCAGGACUACAAGAACAAAGCCUCACGCAUCCUCCAGUCCAAAGAGAAACUAAUCAGCAGUCUGAAGGAGGGCUCGGCUCUGGAGGCGCUGGACACCGGAGGAACAGCUGAAGUGGAGCUGGAGGAGUUACGGCACGAGAAGGAGCUCCAGAAGGAGGAGAUCCAGAAGCUUCAGGCUCAGAUACAGAGCUUACGUUCAGAAAUACAGGAGCUGGAGAACCAGGCUGUGGUGGAGGCCGAGAGCUGGAGAGAGCAGCAGAUGGAGCUACAGGAGCAAAACUCCCAACUGAGUCAACAGAAACAAGAGAUCGAGGCUGAACUGGAGCGCUGCAAACAGGAGAUGACUUAUGUGGAGGAGGAACAUCAUCGCACUAAAAACACACUGCAGAGUCGUAUCAAAGACAGAGAGGACGAGAUCCAGAAACUCAGGAACCAGAUUACUAAUAAAGCUCUGAGCAGCAGCAGCCAGACGGAGCUGGAAGGCCGUCUUCAUCAGCUCACUGAGACCCUGAUCCAGAAACAGACCAUGCUGGAGGCUCUGGGCACAGAGAAGAGUUCACUCGUCUUCCAGCUAGAGCGGCUCGAGCAGCAGCUGAAGAGUGUCCAGAGAGGCCAGAGCGGCGGCGCACACAUCAACAUGGCCACCAUGGAGGGAGCAGGUGCAAGGCAGAGAAACACACCUUUGCUGUUCGGCGAUCAGGACGGCACAGAGUCAGGUGUGUACGGGAAAGUGCGCAAAGCAGCCAGCACCAUAGAUCGCUUCAGCAUCCGGUUAGGGAUCUUUCUCAGACGCUACCCCAUGGCUAGAGUCUUUGUAAUUGUUUAUAUGGCACUACUGCACCUCUGGGUGAUGAUCGUCCUGCUGACAUACACACCUGAGAUGCAUCCACAGUCUCAUCCUGAUGGCAGAUAGAAGACUUUAUAAUUUAAAUGAAAUCUUUAUCAGAUGCUCUACAUGUAUAGAAUGAAGCCGGAACGUCUGCCAGCAGCUGGACGACAGCGAACACGCUUUCUGAUCGAACGUUAUUUUCUUUCUCAUUCCUUCAUCCCCUCUUUAUUUCGUCCUCCUCCUCCCUCUUCUCUUCUUUUCGUUUGAAACGAAUCAUCUGCAGCGAGGAAACAGAAUUGAGCGACAUAUUUAAAGACAGGGUUCUAUUUCAUUUUCCUUGUGGAAGAUUUGUUUGUAUUUUUCCUCCUGGUUACUACACGACUUUAACACUUUGGUUUAUUAUAACAGACAGUAAAGACAGAGACCAAGCUGUCUGUUUGCUACAAAUCUAAUAAAAUAUGAUUGAAGGUAAAAUAAGUGAAUAAACAUUUUAAAACUGGACAAA